CGGCCGAGGGACAGCGACAUACCGAUUUCGAAAUCAAUAACCCGCAGGCGACCGCUGCCUGGCUAAAUCGCCGAAGCGAACCGCCCCCAGAUCAGUUCGACCACGUAGCCACGUCUCCUUCCUUCCGAAGUAAACAGAGGAGGAAAUCCCCCCUCUCUCCCUCGUCGCUGCUCCCCUCCAAAUCCCCUGAACCCCGCCUCUCCCCGGAGUAGCUGCUGCGGCCGCGGCGGAGGAGAGAUGUCGUACGCCUACCUCUUCAAGUACAUCAUCAUCGGCGACACAGGUGUCGGCAAGUCGUGCCUGCUGCUGCAGUUCACCGACAAGCGCUUCCAGCCCGUCCACGACCUCACCAUCGGCGUCGAGUUCGGCGCCCGGAUGAUCACCAUCGACAACAAGCCCAUCAAGCUCCAGAUUUGGGACACGGCAGGCCAGGAGUCAUUCAGAUCGAUAACUAGAUCAUACUACAGGGGAGCUGCUGGUGCUCUUUUGGUUUAUGACAUCACCAGGAGGGAAACCUUUAAUCAUCUUGCAAGCUGGCUGGAAGAUGCAAGGCAACAUGCAAAUGCCAACAUGACAAUAAUGCUAGUUGGAAACAAAUGUGACCUAUCCCAUAGGCGUGCCGUGAGCUUCGAGGAAGGCGAGCAGUUUGCCAAGGAGAAUGGUCUCAUCUUUAUGGAGGCAUCUGCAAAAACUGCACAAAAUGUCGAGGAGGGCUUUGUCAAGACUGCUGGAGCAAUAUACAAGAAAAUUCAGGAUGGUGUCUUUGAUGUAUCUAAUGAGUCGUAUGGAAUCAAAGUUGGCUAUGCAGUUCCUGGCCAAGCUGGAGGUGCUGGUGCUUCGUCUUCCCAAGGUGGCAGCUGCUGCGGCUAAUGGAACGAUCCAUGGUGUACAAAAUCGCAUGGCAUGUGUUACAAUACCUGUUACAUUAUUUCGAGUUGCGAGUGAUUGUAACUCCAGGGUGCUUUGUUAUUUCACGCGCCUAUGGAUUAUGUUCCAGUGAGCCAGUCAAAAUAGGUUCAGUUCAUUUCCUUAUACUGUAUACAAUCACUGUAAUCCAUCAGAUGCUUCCAGCCGUGUCAUUUAGGAUUCACGAAUUAUAUCCAUUUGCAUCUGUGAUUAAAUAAGUAUGUAUGAUUCAAUGUGUAUGUUUAAAUCAGCUCAAAACCUUUGGGUCCACAGACUUUAAAGUUAUUGAACACUGUUUUUUCAUGAGUA